GGGUGUGUACGUACCCGUAAUUCGUAGUCGUUAGACUUACGACUGCAGUCCCACCCGCCAAGGCAGUCGGAAUACGUGGCCAAGAGUAUCACGUCAAUUAGAAGCCACACCAGAGACGUGAGCAGAAUUAUCCUGCACAGCGAAGAAUACAAGUUCUAAAAUGGGUCGGACUUCAGAGUGUGAUAUCGAUUUGAACUUGGGUGCGUACAAGUUAAUAACAAACGAGUCAAAACCGCCGGACAUUCGCUUCAACAAGGAGAACAAAUGGGUCGCGGGUGUGCAGAUGUUCGUCUCGUUCCUGCUCGCAGGCUUCGGCAUGGUAGCUGCUAGCCUGCUGUUGGACGUCGUGCAGCACUGGCAAGUUUUCAUCCAAAUAUCGGAGGUGUACAUUCUAGUGCCAGCUCUUCUGGGGUUGAAGGGUAACCUCGAAAUGACUCUAGCUUCUAGGCUAUCAACCCAUGCUCAUCUGGGUCACUUGGACACCAACAUGGCAUCGCUUGCAAUGGGCAACCUAUGCCUCAUACAAUGCCAGGCUGUUGUGGUAGCGUUCCUGGCAGCCUUGGCUGCAGUGGCCAUGGGCUGGAUACCAGAGGGGGAUUUCAACAUUCAUCACGCGUUGCUCCUGGGUGCAUCCAGUGUACUCACAGCAUCUGUAGCCAGUUUUGUCCUUGGUCUAAUAAUGAUCGCAGUAAUUGUAGUAUCUAAGAAGUUAAAUAUAAAUCCAGACAAUGUUGCCACACCAAUAGCGGCUAGCCUGGGCGAUAUAACAACCUUGGCACUAUUGUCUUGGAUAGCAGACCUGUUGUAUAAAUCAAUUGGCAGCAGUCUCAUACUGCCAAGUAUUAUUAUAAUUGUUGGCGCGGUAACCGUUCCUGUAUGUGGGUAUUUAGCGUGGAAAAAUAAUUUCACAAGACAAGCUCUAGAUGAGGGAUGGGUACCAGUUGUCUCUGCCAUGGUUAUUAGUAGUGCUGGUGGUUUAAUUUUGGACUACACAGUUUCAAAUUACAAGGGUAUUGCAGUGUUCCAAUUGGUUAUCAAUGGAAUUGGAGGUAACAUGGCAGCAGUGCAUGCAUCUAGACUAUCAACUGCAUUACACACAGGUGAAAAGAAACAUUCAAUAUUAGGUAGCACUACAAGACUGCUACUCAUGAUGGUGAUACCUGGCCAGUUGAUAUUCAUUUACACUAUUGGUUACUUGAAGGCUGGACACACCUCGGUGACACCUAUAUUUAUUCUUAUUUAUAUGUCUGCUGCCUUGUUACAAGUAUUCUUAUUGUUAACUAUUAGUCAUUAUAUGGUCCUGUUUAUGUGGAAGCUAGGUAUGGAUCCAGAUAACUCCGCCAUACCAUACUUGACUGCCUUGGGUGACCUUUUGGGUACUGCAUUGCUAGGUGCAGCAUUUCAUAUUUUGUAUGCGAUAGGAGAUAAAGACAGUGAUUUAGGUGACUGAAAAUAUAUCCAAUACACUUAAUACUCUAGUGAGAAUAAAUGUUGGGCACAUAGCAUUUGGUACUUAGUCAUGUGCCAUUUAUUUACUUGUGAAUAUAGAUGUACAUAAUGUUGUACUUAAAACAUGUACUUCCUUGGCUAAAUUGAAGCUAUUGAUUUGUAUCAUAUAAUAUAUAUAUAAGUAAUUUAUUGUAAAUCACAAAAGUACUGAUUUGUAUUUGUAAUCUCUAUGGUAGAUUUAUAUUAUAUCAUACUUUUAAAGUACAUACAUGGACUAUGUCAUAUCAUUCAAAGUAGUUACUAAGCAUGUACAGUUAACUGUUAGUAAUUGACUAUAAUAAGCUUUUAGUACAUAAAAAUAAAAUUGCAAAUGUGCUAUUAAUUAAAUUCAAACGAAUUAAAGCCUCCUUUUGUUAGAGUAUUAUCAUUAAUUACAUACAAUUUAAGAGGGAGCAGAGGAA